UGUAAUUGUGACUAGAAAACUGUCUGUAGUGAGAAUUAUUUGAUAGAAAAUGGGUCCAAAUCCAGAAGAACAAAUGAUGGAGGAAUCAAUUUUGUAUGAACUUUUAGAAUAUUUUGUUAAAAAACAAGAACCAGAAGUGAUUAAAUGUAAAAACGAUGGGGUAAUUUUGCCAACGGGAACAAUAAAGAAUGCUCUACGUUAUUUAAAUAAUCGAUAUUCUUUGCCAGAAAGUAUAUCUCAACAAGUUAGUUUCACACUAUCUUGGAAAUUCGCUAUUGGUGACAAUGGGCGAAUUUUAGCAAUUUUACAAGAAAACAUAAUCGAAAUAAGAAAACUUAAGGAUGAGUAUUUAUCAGUUACAGGAAAAAUAUCAGUGCCAAAAGACGCAUUUCCUCAGUGGCGAAAAAUUACCUGGAGUCCCGAUGGACAAAUAUUAGUUUUAGCCUCAAGCAAUGGUCACUUAUCGUUUUACAAUUCAUUGGGAAAUAAUAUUUUUAAUAUUAAUCCAAAAACAGAUUCGCCAAAUCCUCAUAUUUUAGAAGCAGGCGAUUCAAUAGCUUCCACAAUAUUUAAAAAGCCACGAAUUCAAAGUGAUAUUUGGGAAUAUGAAUUUAUCAGUAUAUCCUACAGUGGUUUAUUAAAAUCCUAUUAUAUCUCGUCGUCAAAUAAUUUCGAGGCUAAUCAUGAAUUUUCAUUUGGAAAUUUUUAUCGAAAUGGCCUCAAUGCUGUCGUUUAUAGCGAAAAAUACGAUCUUCUGUUUGUCGCUGGCAAUACGAUUAAUCGCAAUUUGACAUGUACUGCUUUAGAAGUCGGAUUAUCGUCAUGGCGUUUUUUGAACGAUCAUCCUUACUACAAAUUAUCAUUCUCCUUUGAAGAACAAACACUCAUUAAACCUGUAUUUUCAAUUUGGAACUAUAUGCCUUCGAUUAGAAAUCAGGCGCAAUCGAUAAUAUUUAAAUUGAGCAUUUCUCCCACUAGUCAACAUUUGGUAUGUUUACAUACCGAUGGUUGCAUUUCACUUUGGAAUUUGCCAACUCUUAAACUUGAAAAUAUGUGGAAACUAAAUGAACAACCGGAAUACAAUUUAACGAAUCCUUUGGAGACGAUUAAAUUUAAGAAAUUUCCCCUUGGCCUCUCGGAAUUUCAUCCCAUGGAUUUGGGCUGGUGGUCAGAUCAGACUAUCAUAAUCGCAAGAUAUUCAGGUUCUGUUUCGGUUUGUUCGAUUAAAAAUCUGAAAAAUCUCUUGGGAACGAGUCCCGAAUUUUUGUACGGACAACCACAAGUUUCUGAAUUAAACGCCGGCCGAGGGUUUUUGUGUUUAGACUGUGAGGUAUUUAUUACGAGCACAAAAAGAAGUCGCGAAUCGUCAAUUGGUGGACAAUCAGACGUAUCGUCUGACAGUGAAAAAGACGACUACGAGGCAGAAGCGAACACAAUUUUAAAUUACACCACUCGAUUGGUGCAGAAUACACUCUAUUCAAUGACGGACAUUGAAAAAUUUCAACCAAAAAGAAAGAAAUCAAAAAUCUUUCACAGAACUUAUAGAAUAUUGGGAAUUAAGAGUACAACGCCCGAGGAAUUGUAUUCUAGAAAAAUUGAAAACGAGGACUAUGAGGAGGCAUUGUCUCUAGCGAAAACUUACAAUUUAGAUACAGAUCUCGUUUAUCAAACUCAAUGGAGAAAAUCGGAAUUCUCUCUAAACGCAAUUUCAGAUCAUUUAGCGAAGGUCAGCAAAAGAUCUUGGGUUUUAAAUGAAUGUAAAACUCGAGUUCCCGAUAAUUUUGAAGCUGCGAGAGAAUUACUUAAAUUUGGAUUACGAGGUGCAAAUUUGGAGACUUUAAUCGCUAUUGGCAAUGAUGAUGAUGAUGGAAGGUUUAAAUCUUUUGAAACUAAUGAUGACAACGACGACGACGACGACGAUAUUAAUUUUGAUGAAAGUCUCACUUUAAAACAGAUUCAAAGAAUAAACAAAUAUUUGGAGCAAGUGGACUUUGAAAAUUUAUCGGAACCCCAAAAAGAACUCAUAAAAACCAGAAAAAAGCUUCUAGAUCUUUUGGACAAAUUAACAACCUAUGAAAAUAUUCUCGAGUCACAAACGGAAUACGAUAAAGUAUUCUAUGAAGAAUUUCGUCAACUCUCACCACUUGAAAACGCAAUUGGAUUCGCCAAAGAAUGUAAUUGCAAAGGAGUUGAAGUUAUGUUCACGUAUUAUGGAUCGAAAUUAAUACCCCAUUGGCUAGCAAUUUUGAGUUUUUUCCCUGAAACUUUCAGUCCAUUUUCAUAUGAAGAUCUACUGCCAAAAUGCGAUGAAGAAGGCAAAUUAUUUCUGCUCUUUCAAAGAAAAUUACGUGAAAUUGAUUGGGUCGAGAGAAGCGAAUUUUCUCAUCUCUUGAAAAUCGACAACGACUACGAGACCUCAAUUAUUUAUGAAUUGUGCCCUUCAUUGGUUCCCUACAGAAGUACGGAUUUGAGUCCAGAUUUACUGACAAAAUGGUACAAAUGGCGAGCUUGUGAAAUCGAAAGACAAUGCGGAAUAGUCGAUUAUGCUCUGGGAUUAAUAAACAUUGGCAAGGAUAGAAAUAUUUUUGGUUUGGAAAAUUUACUUUUUGAAUUAGAAACAUUGGAUGAUCUCGUAUAUAAAGUACGUCUCGAGUUUUUAUCACUGUCUGAAGUGAAAAAAUUGACUGACUUAGAGAAAGUCAAAUUACUGAUGAGCAAAUCGUCAGAAUCAAAGUUUGUCAAUGAUCUAAAGGACAAAGUAUUACCAUUUAUCAAGAGAAAAGAAAAAUAUUUGAAAGGGCAGAGCGACUCGGAAGAAAAUCUCCUUCGUAAAUACAUGAUUCAUAUAAGCAAAUCUGAUUUAAGUUGGCCUGUUAAAUUUUUCCAAUACUUGAAAACAACUCACGACUCGGAUAUAUUGGAAAUUAUAAACGAUAAUGUGACAUUGGCUAUCGAAUGUAUUUAUGCUUGCACCAAUAACGAUAUGUAUGAAGAUGCUAAAAGAAUUCACGAAACUAUUGCAAAACAAGAAUCACCGGAGUCUGUGAAUUUCGAAUUACAAGAAGAAUUGGAAAGAGAAUUGAUAUGUGUGAAAAUUCUCAACACUUACGGUGUUAGUGUUCCAUUCAGUUUUAUUAAUGAAAAUAAAGAGAAUCUAGAAGCCAUUAGAUCACUUCUGAUAAAAAUGUCCGAAGGUUUGAAAAAUCGUAUUCCACCGCCUAUCGAGAAAGCUUGGGCCCAUCUUUUAAAUGACAUGCUCGAGAUGCAGGGAUUAAUUUUUAAAACACUGGACGUGGAAAUUUGUUUUGAAAUUUGUCUAUCAGCACGAUUAAGAUCGGGUGCUAAGACAACUAUUCAAAGUUGUGGCACUCUGAUGGAAGUUAGGAAAAAUGAACAAUCGCUUUUGAAAGUCUCUUAUGAGAAGGCUGUAGAAUUAAUACUGAAUGCGAGUAUUGAAUAUUUUAACAGUGCAAAAAGUCUUCAUGACACGAAUAUGGAAUUGGCAAAAGCUUGUUUACAUCUUAUCGCCGAUGAAAAUCCACGAAUCAAAGAAGAAUACAAUCUUAUUGAUUCGCUGAAAAUUUUGGACGAAUUCAAUACGAAUAUUCUUCCUCUUCAAGUGAGACUUACAAAGGAUAAGAUAAAAUUAAUCGAAACUUGUCUACAAAGUUGGGACACUGCUUAUAAAAAUCGACAAAAAUUACUAAAUCUCGGAAAAUAUUUGCAUAUUCAUCGGAAUAAUGCAAAAUUGAGAGAGGGCAGAAUUUUUCAAUUAAUCGCACAAAAAGCUCUCGAGGUUAAUGACUACAGUGCAUGUGCUUCAUCAGUGGAGAAAAUGAUCGAAGCAAAUUAUGAACCUUCUUGGAAAAUUGCAAGAAGUUUAGGAAAUAGUGAAAAUUUUGAAGAUUUAAAAUUUAGACGACGCUGUUUAACUUUCACCCUAAUUCAUGGAACGCCAGAUAUUUUGGAAGAUACAAUGAAAUACUUGAAUUUAUUAGAAAUACAAAUUUUGAAUAAAAGCAUACAAGACUGGAUGCCUGGUGAUAAUGAGGAUUUGGAAAGUACAACUAAAAGUGAUGAUGAAUUCCCGGAACCUGCGCCAAUUCCACAAGUUGAGAAUAAAGAGUUUAUUCCAAAUAUUUUGGGAACUUCAACCGAACUGGUAAUAAGUUCAGCUAAUUUGGUGAAAAAUUCAACUUUUGGAAUACUAAGGAACGCUGGGAAUAAAGAUUUUUGGAAAACUGCACUAAGCUUUAAUUUAACAGGAGGAAAUGAAAAUAUUAUUUCUAAAGAUGAAGUCGAAGAAAUUGUAAACGAUAACAUACAAAGUUUUCCCUGUUUCUAUCAAUCGUUACACAAGAAUUCGAAAUUCAGUAAAUUCGACACGAAAUACACUAAAUAUUCCGAUGACAAUGAAUUUAAUACACGAUUAAAGUUGUGCCAAACUUUAUUGAGAGUUUCCUUAUUGAGCGAAACUGCAUGUUACGGUUUGGAAGUUAGCGACGUUAAUCAUCUGUUUCUUGAAUCUGGAGAAAAGGUAAUAAGCGAGGAUUGCUUAUUGGGUUUAGCGUAUUUAAUGAAUUUGUCCGAGAAUUCAAUGAACGAAGUUGAAGAAAUGUUUGACAAUUUACCGAAUACGGAUUUAAAUGAUCAACUCGCGUUGUAUUAUUUUUCAUUACAACUGUUUAAAAAAAUACAUCCAGAAGAUAAAAAUAUUUUCCUAUACGAUCCACUUGUUUUAAUAAAUGCAAUGUCAAGAGUGGAAAAAUCCGAAAAUCAUCAAGAAUUCAUAACAAUUCUUCAAAAACGAAUUCAUAAAAUAGAAACUAAAAACAUGAAAUAUUCGCCAAAAAUAGAAGAUUCCAUUUCCGAAGAACAAGUUGAUUUUCGAGAAACAAAUUCCCAUUCAAUUGUGAAAAAGAAUAAUUUAAAAGAACUUGAAAAAACUUCCUCAUCACUUUCUGAUAACAAAACAUCGAAGGAAUCUGUUGAAAAUAUUCUAUCUGACAAUCAGGCCGAUAUCGAUAUUUCCACCGAGAAUACAAAAACAUUUAGUCAAAAUUUAACAUAUAAUGCCGAUGACGAUGGCGAUGGAUGGGACGAAUGGGAAAAUGAUGAUUGGGGAGAUUUUCCUGAAGUUAAAGAAACCAAAGAUAAUACAAUGGAUGAAAUUCCCAGUUUACGAAGUGAUACAAUGACAAGUUUAUGCGAAAAUGCAACAACCGAGGAGGAACGUUAUCAAAUUUUCGAAAAAAUGUUCAACGAAAUCGAAAAUAAAUGUCAGUAUGCGGAACUUAAAGAAACCUUAAAACAAUGGCCGGAUUUUAUUGAUAUUGAAAAUAUUUGCGCCGAAAAACAUCCAGUACUAAAAUUACUGGUAAAAGUAAUAGAGUUAAUUGAUAAAAAUAAUAUAAAUUGUGAAAUAUUUCAAGAAAUUAAGGAACUCUUAACGGAUCAAGAAAUAUCGAAAGAGGUACUUUCAACAUUUUUAGACAGGGAAAAAGAAUUGUUAACAAUUGAACAACAAAUUUAUGUAAAAUUGUGUUCCACUGAACAAACUCUUCAUACAGACGCUGUUAAUUUUAUCAAAGAAAAAUAUAAGACACUGAAAUUGACAACUCCAAUUUUAGAAGAAUUGUUUUUCAAAAAUUUAACAGCAUCCUUCAAUCCAUCGCACGAGCUUUACUAUCAAAUAUUGGAAGAAGUUUUUUCAAAUCGAACAAUAUCGGAAAUCGAGAAUAAUAUUAAAUUACUAAUUGAUAGGUUAGUGGAACAAAAAAAUAUUCCACACGCAAUAGCAUUGUUGAAUCAAUUAGAAGGCAUUCCGCCCUCAUUAAGCACAUUUGAUACAUGCCUUCACUUAUUAACGAAAAAAUAAUUUUAAUUUUGGUUUAAAAGAAUUUAUAUUGUAAAAAAGUGGUUUCCCGCCAAUUUUGUUUUCUCAUUUUUGUCGUUAAAAAAAGUUGUGGAAUUUAAUAUAUUUUAUUGUCUAUCGAAUUUCCUUUAAAGUCUAAUGAAACGAGGAAAUCUUGUCGAUUUAAUAUUUAUUGAAAAGAUUUAAUGGCAAAAAUUAGAAGCCAAAUGAUUUUUUCGACAAAAAUAUUGUGUGAAUGUCGCGCCAACGUACAUGUACAUUUUGAGGUUGUGUAUUAUUUGUAUAAAAAUAAACUUUGUUAUAACUUUA